CCACUGUUUACCGCCGAAGAAUAAAUAAAUAAAUAGAAAAGCCUAAAACCCUUCGGCUCUUCUCUCGGACUGCAGCCAAAUCAUAAACCCUAGAAACGGCUAUUUUUCUUCUUCUUACAGUUCCAUAAACCCUCUCUUUCAUUCCUCAUCAGUAUUUGGCACUGAGAGAGAGAGAGAGAAAGAGAGAGAGAGAGAGAAAGAGAGAGAGAGAGAGCCAUGGCGACAUCGCUUGGUUCGCAGCUACGAGCUCUGAAAUCCAUCAUACCGGCCGACUCAGAGCAGCCAUCGAAGAAGGGACCUAUCACUCGGCCUUCUAUACUCUUGGACCCAAAAGAAGCCGCCGACACUGAUAUAGACAGUAUUUACAACAAAGCGCUUGAAGGUUUGAAUGAACUUAUUAAGAAGGAUGUGCGAUUUAGAAGCUAUGAAGAUGAUUUGUUUAGCGAGGCAAGUAAGGAAUUCGAUAGAAAGAAGAAGAACAAAGGGGAAAAUAGUGAUAUCGAUUCGAGAAUUAGUUCGUACUUACGUUUGCUCUCAGCUUAUUUCCAACACUAUCCUCAUUCAUUGAAGACGCUUGACUACUUGAUACGCAGAUACGAUAUUCACGUGGACAACAUCGAGGAAAUGAUUCUAUGUGCUUUGCCUUAUCACGAUACUCAUGAAUUUGUUUAUAUAAUUCAGCAAAUUGACACAGGAAAUGAGAGAUGGAAAAAUAGCAGAUGGAGAUUUUUGGAAGCUGUAAAAGCCACCGGUGCAGUGCCACCUAGAAAGGUUAUAGUGCAGCAAUGUCUCCGUGACAGAGGGGUUCUCGAGGUUUUAUGCAAUUAUGCAUCGUAUUCGAAGAAACUUAAACCUUCGAGGCAAGUUGUUGGAUUUUGCACAGCAGUUGUUGUCGAAGCUUUGGGUUCUGCUACACCUGUUACCGAUGAUCUUGUCAAGAAGAUCAUUCCAUUUGUAAGUUCUGGACUUCAUGCGGGUGCAAAAGCAGGUUCAGAUCACAGGGCUGGUGCACUGAUGAUUGUUGGUUUACUAUCAAGUAAAGCUACGUUGAGUCCCAAACUUGUCAAGACUUGGAUUCAAACAAUUGCUGAAAUUGCUCAAGAAGAUGCCGAAAAGUCAACUGGUCUUCAGUGGUUUCGAUUGUCAAUUAUUACUUUAAUUAGCCUUGUUCAGUCCCAAUCUGUUGAUGUGUUACCGAAGAAGGCUUUGGAGAUUCUGAUGGAAAUUAGGGAUUUUACGGAAAUUCUUUUGAAGCUGUUUAAAGAGUUCAAUAUUGAGAAGUUAUUUUCUGUGCUUUUGGAUUCUCUUGUUUACCACAGUUUCUCCAAUGAAUCAAGUAAGCUUGCUUUGAUCUCAAUACUAGAGAAAGCUCCUGUAAAGGAUUUGAGUUUGCAUAAGCCAAAGGCUGAUUUCCAGUGUGCUACGCUUUCCGAUUUAAGCAUGUUUGAUCUCUUGAAGGCCAAGGAUACUGAUCCUCAGGCAUUGGAUAAUGUGCUCAAGAGAUGCCUCCAUCUUCUAAGGUCAAGUUUAGAGAACACUAGUUCAGUGUAUGAUGCUGCUCUUUCUUGCCUGAAGAGUGCUGAUUCAAUCUUUUGUGGUCAAAUGGAUCGUCAAGGGGAAAUUGCUUCAAUGAUACUUCCUCUACUCCUAGUUGCACGAAAGACACGGAGGUUAAAUUUGGAAGUGCUGAAAUUAGCCAAGAAAACAAAUUGGGGUCUUUUCAAUAAUCUUGAAAGUGUCUCCUGUACAGAUACAGAAUUGAAAAAUGAAUCGGAAAGACGACGCAUUAACAAGGAGAUCAUCACUAACUUGGCAGAGGGAUUCUCAGUGGACCCUGAAAAACAUAUUGUCUGGAUUGUUAAGAGUUGCAAUGCCUUCGAGUUGUCAAACAGACUUUUCUUUUUGGUUUUAUCGCUGACAUAUCUGUUGCAAGAUAAAUCUGCUAAAUCCUUUCCACUCUUGGAAGCUUCAGAAUCUGCUAAAUCUUCUCCACUCUUGGAAUCUUCAGAAUCUGCUAAAUUUUUUCCACUCUUGGAAGCUUGCUUCCCAGUGCUGAAGACUGAAUGGGAAGCAUUCCUGUCUUUGGGUGAUAUACUGGUUAAUGAGUUGGAAACAAAGAUUGAAACUUGGGAUUGGAGAAAAUCCCCAGAUCAGCUUUGUAGCUCAAGUUUUAAAGUGUUGUAUGCAAAUAUUUUAAUUUGUAUAUUUUGGAGGCUAUGGAAAGCAUUUAUAUCUGUUGUGAUGCCUGCAGAGGUCUCAGUGCAGGAUGAGUAUAAGACGUGGGUUAGCAGGCAUGAUAAUGAAAAGUGGGUUAGCAGACUUAUAGAAUUAUUUAAAUUCUUAUCAGUCUGUCAGUCGAAGCACGUUUUCGAGGAUCAAAAAAAUUUUCCCCAUCAUUUCUUAAGCAGUUUAUUCACUGAAGAAGAUGUUCCUGUUGCAGUACAAGUUGAGAGUCUUCACUGUUACACAUACCUUUGCUCUCCAUUUCUUUGUUCUCGGUCAGAAGAUGGAUUGUCAAUUCAGCUACUAGAUGAAUUUCCCUCGGUUCUUGUUCCACUGGCUAGUUGCAACCAGGAUAUAAGAUCGGCUGCUAUGAACUGUAUGGAAAAGCUGCAAUCACUUUGCUCUCAUGUUGACUAUCGUCGUAAAAAAGAUGGAAACCAUAUAAUUUGGAGCAUUUUUCUUGAUGGACUUUUGGACUCGAUAGUUGAUCAAAAAGGGCUUAUCUUAUCAGAUGGAAAAUUUCUUCCUUCAUUUAUGGUAUCUUUGCUAAGCUCAUCCCACAGUAGCUUGUUGGUGCCAAAGAAUAUCAAACAAAGGUUUGAUCAACCAACGAGAGGAAAAAUUCUUGAUUUCAUUUUGAGUUCUGCUUUAAAGCGUUGCGACUAUGCAAAGCAAAAAAUUCUAUCUUUGCUCAAAGGUCUGGGCAAUGCCAUUAUACGUGUUAAAGAUGUAGAUUCAUUGUUGCGUGAUCUUCUGGGGAGACGCUAUCAAAUAUCCAGUCAUUUGUCGAAAAUUGAAGUAGAGAUUCUAUGCCUUCUACUGGAGAGCUGUGCUAUGCCUUCCUCAACUGAUCGAUGUGAGUGUGAAGGUUACUUAUUGAUGGCUUUGCAAUUGGAUGAUAUGGUUUUGGAGCACCCUGCUGUUGUACAGCCUUGUGUAACUGUUUUGGAGAAGCUGAAUGGUCAAGUCUACAGCGGUUUAGACAGUAAAAUGCAGGAACUCCUGUUUCGUCAACUUGUGUUUUUAUUUCGAAGUGCCAAUGCUGAUAUACAAAACGCAACCAGGGAGGCCUUGCUGCGCUUAGAUGUUGCUAGUUCCACCAUUGUUAACUUGCUUAAUGAGAUAAUUGAAGGGGGCAGUCAGGUAGCUGCUUCAGCUAGUGGAAAGAAGAAAAAUAAAUUUUCUGAAAAACAGAAGUUGAAUCCUCUUGUUUGUGGAGGAGAGAAUUCACUAAAGUCCCUCCUUGAUGUUUUGCUAUUAAAGAAAGACAUUGCCAACAGGGAUUUACUUUUGGGACCUUUAUAUAAGCUCCUGAAACUUUCAUCAGACGUUCGUCAUACCAUGUCAGGAUGGAUAUGUGAUAUGCAACAGACACUGCUAAUAAUUUUAAAUGAUAUCAGUGCUUCACUCACCAACUGUCUUCCACUGAAGGAGGACAAAAUAAAUGAGAUCGAAAUUCAAGUGCUGGUUGAGUGUGCCCGUUCUGCAAAUGAUGGAGUCACCCGCAACCACAUACUUUCAUUGAUUUCCACAGUUGCAAAGAUCAUUCCUGAUAAAGUUUUGGAUCAUAUAAACAAUCUUUUACCUGUUAUUGGAGAAGCAGCAGCCACACAGUUUGACAACCAUUCACGGCACGUGUUUGAGGACCUUAUUUCUACUGUCGUUCCAUGUUGGCUACAAAGAACACAGGACAAGGACAUGUUUCUCCAGACUUUUAUGAAUUACAUGCCUGACAUUGCUGAACAUAGAAGGCUGUCAAUCAUUCUUUACCUCUUAAGAAUAUUAGGAGAGACAGAAAGCUUGGCUGCGCUGCUUUUCCAUCUUUUCCGCUCAUUAGUUUCAAGGAAAAAGUCAUCUUGCUUUGAUAAUAAGCUUGCUGCAGAUAGCUCCAUUACUUCUAUGAAGACAGAGUGGGAGUAUGCCUUUGCAGUGCGACUGUGUGAGCAAUAUUCUUGCACAAUAUGGCUUCCCUGUCUUGUCAUGGUGCUUCACAGAAUAGAAAUGGAGUGUAUAAGCCUUGAAGCAUUGAUGGAAUUGCUCUUUGCAAUUCAAUUCAUGUUGCAAAAAUUGCAAGAUCCAGAAUUUGCAUUCAAACUUGAAUCUGGGAAAGAUUCAGAAAAUAUUCAGAAUACACUCAAAGAUCUUAUGGAACAGGUGGUUUGUAUCUUACAAUUUGCAGAUGCAAAAAUGAAGCAAACAGGUAUACCUGUUUUUGUUAAAAAAUAUUUGAAGGAUGGCAUGCAUGCUGUCUUAAGGACUAUUUCGGUGGUCAUAAUUCCAUCAGCAUACUUUGAAGGAAUCAGUAAAUUGCUUGACCAUGCAGACAAAAGAUUAGCAAAAAAGGCUCUUGGACUUCUAUGUGAAACGGUGAGGGAGCAUAACACAUCCAAAAGAAGCCAUAAGGAGAGAAGAGAUACAAAUAGUCAGUGGCAGCUUGUGGAUGAGAAUGCUGUUAUAUCUUUCCAUAGGAUGUGUAGGAAGAUUGUUCAGCUAGUUGAUUCUGCUGAUGCUUCGAGUAAUUUGAAACUGGUGUCUGUCAUGGCUCUGGAUGUUCUUGCCAACAGGUUUCCUUCUGACCAAUCCAUCUUCAGUGAAUGCCUAGCAACAGUUACAAAAAAUAUUAGUUCACAUAAUGUGGCUGUCUCUUCGGGCUGCCUUCGAGCAACUGCUGCUUUGGUCAAUGUGCUUGGGCCUAGGUCUCUCCCUCAGCUUCCAUCUAUAAUGGAGAAAGUCUUUUUAUGUUCUGAUGUCAAAUCCAUACAAAGUAUUGACAAGGCACAUGUUUCAUCAUCAACUAAAAAUGAAUCUAUUUUUUCCUCUGCUCUUGUUGUCCUUGAAGUGGUCGUCGACAAGCUUGGAGGUUUUCUUAACCCGUAUCUUGGAAAUAUUAUUGAAUUUCUGCUUCAUCCUCAUUUCGCAUCGGAGUCAGAUCUGAAGCUCAAAUUAAAAGCUGACUCAGUAAGAAGACUUAUAGCAGAAAGAAUUCCUGUUCGACUUGCUCUGCAGCCUUUGCAAAAAAUUUAUUCUAAAGUUGCCAUAUCCGGGGAUUCAAGUUUGAGAGUUUAUUUUGGAAUGCUGGCUAACUUGAUCAGUUCAAUGGAUAGAUCAUCUGUUGCUGGUUAUCAUGUGCAAAUUUAUGAAAGCUGUUUGCAUGCUCUUGAUUUACGACGUGAACAUCAUAUUUUAGUUCAGAAUGUUGAUGCUGUUGAAAAGAGUGUUAUUAAUGCAAUAAUUUCUUUGACAAUGAAACUCACUGAGACUAUGUUUAAGCCUCUUUUUGUUCGGAGUAUCGAGUGGGCAGCAGAAGAUAUUGCAUGUGAAGGAAGCACAAAUAUAGAUAGGGCUAUAUCAUUCUAUGCUCUGGUAGAUAAACUUGCCGAGAACCACAGGUCGCUGUUUGUUCCUUACUUCAAGAACCUGCUCGAGAGCAGUGUACACCAUCUUACUGUUGCUGGAGAUAAAAUGACUUCUGGUUCAACAAGGAAGAAGAAAAAGGCCAAGAUUUUAGAAACAAAUAAUAAAACAGAAGAAAACAGUUUGUCACUUGGAACCUGGCACCUCAGGGCAUUGAUCUUAUCAUCCUUGCAUAAAUGUUUUCUCUACGAUACUGGGAGCCUGAAAUUUCUUGACACCUCAAAUUUUCAGAUUCUGUUGAAACCCAUUGUUUCACAGCUUGUCAUAGAACCGCCAAUUUCUGUAGAAGAGCAUUUUAACAUUCCAUCCGUGAAGGAAGUUGAUGAUUUGUUGGUUGUUUGCAUUGGUCAAAUGGCAGUGACUGCUGGAUCUGACCUAUUAUGGAAACCCUUGAAUCAUGAGGUACUGAUGCAGACUCGCAGUGAAAAGAUACGGGCAAGAAUUUUGGGUUUGAGAAUCGUUAAGUAUCUUUUGGAGCAUCUGAGAGAAGAAUAUCUGGUUUUCCUGCCUGAAACCAUACCUUUCCUUGGUGAACUGCUUGAGGACGCAGAGCUGUCUGUUAAGUCUCUUGCACAAGAGAUUCUGAAGGAAAUGGAGUCCAUAAGCGGUGAAAGCCUUCAACAGUAUCUAUGAUUUGCAUACUGUCGUGGCUAUAUAUUUCUUUUUUUUCUUAGCUGACGGUUUUGUAUUAAAAUUUUUCAAGCAGAGGCAUAGAAUAGUAGAUAUGUAUCUUGACCCCUUCGCAUUUGAUGUUAUCCAAAUGUGUUGUAAAUAAGUUAUUUCUCGAUUUUAUUGAUCUAGUUUGUAAAGUUAUAGAUCCAAAAUGGGACAGCGAUCAAGCUGAAAAUUUUGAGGUCAUGGCUAUUAUGGCAGACCAAAAAUUGAAGAGUAGUUGAUAAUUGUUUACAUAAUUUUUUUGAUUCAUA